CCCUCCCGCCGCACGAUGAGCUCCUCCUCCUCAUCCGCCGCCGCCGCGGCCGUCCUACCGCCUCCGCCGUCCUCGCCUCCAGCCGCCGCCGCCCCCGCCGACGAGGGCCGGCCGGCGGAGGCCGACGACAGGGUGGCCUCCCUCGUGGACCGCUUCCUCGUGGAGGCGCUCGAGAACCCUCGCCACCGCCUCAUGGUUUUGCGGAUGGAAUUGGAUAUACAGAAAUUUAUGCAGAAUCAUCAACUGCAUGAAUUUGAAUUCCAGCAGUUUCCAAAUUCUUAUCAUCGCUGUGCUGCUCAUCGUGUUGCACAACAUUAUGGUUUAGUUACAGUAGCAGAUAGCUUAGUAGAUGGUCCUGUUAGCAGGAUAGUUGCGAGAAAAACACCUGAAAGCAAAUAUCCAGCUAUUGCUUUAUCAGAAGUUCCCAUUAAGCAAGCAAGAAAUGAUAUUGAGGCAGCCGAAAAACUUAAGUUUGUCAUUUGUCAGAGGCCCAAAGCUUCCCAAAAUGGUGCAGGCGGUGCUGGAACCAAUAAUGGUGCAGUGAAAACUGUUGAAGAGAGGAUAGAUGAUUACAAUAAGGCACGAGCACGCAUUUUCAAUGGUUCCAUACCAGCAGAUGUUGAAGGCCCAAGUGAUUUUGGAGCUUUGUCCAUUGGCAGAAAUGAGCUGAUGAAUGUUGAGCCCUCUGUAUAUGAGAACAAGGGCUGCGCAUUGAACAGCCGUUCCAGGGUUGCUGUUUUUAAGGAUGCUGAAAAAGAUCGCAUUGAUCCUGACUAUGAUCGUAACUACAAAAGGUAUGUUAGGCCCCCCGUGCCGGACUUCAGUGUGAGCCCAGGCGCCUUCAGUUUUGCUGUGCCUCAGUUUAUGCAGUAUGGUGUUGGUUAUAUGCAGUCUCCUAGCAUGCCGAGAAACCAACCUUCUGUCUAUUAUGGUCAACCUGAUUUAUCGAUGGGAUCUUCUGGAACUGCUGUCUACCCACAGUGGCCUACCCCAGCAAUGAUGUAUCCCCAUUGCUAUGACAAUCUUGGCCAUGUGAUUUCUCAGGUUCCGGUGUACCAGUCCUUCAACCAUGGCUAGGAGAUCCUACUUCCUGGAUGUUGGGAACAAACUUUGUUAAAACUUACUAUGUUGUGUUAUCAUAUGUUAUGUGCGUCUAUUUUGGAGUCUGUUAUUCCCAUCAUCAAACUCCGGGUAGUGUCAGCUAGGUGUAUAAGAAAUCUUAUUUCGUUGAGACUGUCAUUAUGCACUAAUUUACAAACAGUGGUGCUUGUCUGGUGUUCGUUUA